GGGCGAAGAAAAGAAAAUGGUUUAUCGAGUAGUUUAGAACGGGGAGAGGAGGGGAAGGAGAAGAGAAAAUAAAAUAAAAAUAAAAAAGAGAAGGCUUUUGUGUGUUCCGAGUUCGUGGCCGUUGGCCGCUCAACAGAUAGGAUGGCGCAAGGCACCACGGGUAAAGCAUCUCAAGAUGGCCGACGUGCCAGUGCCGUAGGUGUCAUAUAGCGUUUUACGGAGAAACUUCGGCUUUCCCUCUUUGUUUAAGUCAUUGGCGUCGACGUAUUCGGUGACGGAAAUGGUGUCCGCGAUGGAAAUGCGUGUCAGUGCGUCGGUUCGUCACUUCUUGGACCCGUCGCGAUUACGUCAAAAGAGACGGGCAGAAGCAUUUGUGUGUCACGAGUCACUGUUGAGCGGCGUCGUCCUUGAAAGCCCGAAGUUCAUCAGCUAGAACAAACGGAAACGGUGGAAAGACCCCCGCUAACCUCGAUAGACAACUUUUGCCUUCCGUACGACUAAAGUACUCGUCGACUCUUAACCCGUACGGCAGUGACAAUGUCGGCGCACCGCACCAGGGACCAGCAGGGUAUCUCGUCGUGCGUUUGUUUUGUGUGUGGUAGCGUCGGCGCGGAUUACCAACUCCACUCCAAAUCUAGGUACAGCGGUCCCUACUUCCCUUUUCUCGAACGUCACCACUGUCCCGACGACGCGGAGAAACCUGGAGCGGACGGCGUGGUGGCUGCCUGCCUGGUCUGCUACUCUUUUCUGACCCAGCAGUGGGAGACUUUCGAGAGGGAGAAGACCCCUCUGGGUAAGAGACUGUACUGGUUGAAGAGAGUGGAUGACGGACCCUACGCAGGCAUGGAUGUCAAGACCCAGGCGGACUACGAGUCCAAUGCCUUCGACUUUGGCAGCCACCACUCCGACCGCCGUCCGGAGUCUUCCCGGUCCCGGUUCGGGCUGGACCGUCCCGACUCUGGAGAGUCGGCCGGGAGUGGCGGGCGUGGCCGUUCUGACCGCGGUCUGUCCGUCGAUCCAGUGGAGGGGGGCGGCGGUGAUGCCUUGGACCUUAGCAUGCCGAGCAGGGCCUCCUCCGGAUCAUCCGCAGUGGCGCCGUCCCCUCUUCCACCGCCUGCGGACGUUUGCUUUUUGUGUUCCGAGGAGUCUGCAGGCGCCUUGUUGAACGUCUACGCCAGGCCUGUUUCCAACUGUCCGUUCUUUCCGAAUUUGGCCUGGCAUCCCAAGCCUUCCAAUGCCAAAUCCCUGGAUCGGUCGGGUAGAGUGCAGGUAUGUGAAUUGUGUCAUAGAUUUCUUCUCCAGCAGUGGGACUGUUAUCAGAGGCAGAAUGUUCCUCAUUCCGAUCGAACUUACGUGCUGAACAGGAAUGGCGGUAAGCAGUUUACGUCCACUCGAAUGAAUUCCUCUUCUCGGGACACCACUUUUGUCUGUUUUACUUGCGGCAUGGAAAACCCUGUGUCCGUUCAGAGGGUGUUGAGUGCCUGUCCUGAGGCAGAUGGAGAUUCUUAUUUUUCGUUUCUGGAACAGAUUAAACCUCCUCCGGGUGCAAUUCCGUUAAACAGUCAAAGUAAAGCUUUAGUGUGUUCUUUGUGUUAUAAGUCGCUUUCGAGACAAUUAAAAGUUUAUCAGAUGUCUGGAACUCCGGAAGUAGAGAGGAAAUAUAAAAUACUUAACGAAGCGGUCGAUUCAGAAGGAAUGAGUGUUUUGAGGCAACAUUUAAAAGGUAAUGAAAAGAUCAGAAAACAAGACUCUGUUGCCUGUUACGUCUGCGAACAUUUGACAAGCGUAGAUCAACUACAUCCUCUAGAUACGUUACCGCAGAACGGAAAUAUGUACUUUCCUUUUAUAAGAGGAUUGUUGAGGCCGUCGUUCGCCAGACCUAUGGAUCAUCAUGGUAAAGUGUUAGUGUGUCUGCCGUGCCAAAUGUCUCUCGAAAAUCAGUGGAAAACAUUCGAAUCUGCUCACAUUCCAUCCUCUCAGAGACAAUAUACGAUGCCGUUAGUCCAGUCGCAGAGAUCGGAUACUAAACCUGUUCUUUCUUAUCCUGGUGGCGAUGUGUCGAGGAAUCCUAAUUCUGCUCUCUGCAUUCAAGUAACGUCGCCCGAAGUUCAAAUAGAAAAUAUUCGACCUUUAUCUAAUCAUGAACCCCUUUUAACUACGGUAUCUACACUUUCUUUAAAUAGUAUUACUACUCAACAAGCUAACUUUUCGACAUUAUCGAGUGGUAAACCUUUAGAUUUAGAAACGUCACAUUUAAUGAAACAUUUAAUCGGCCAUCAAAGUCCCAGAUCAAAAAAUAUGUCGCAUUUGCCAUCAAAACAGCAUUCGAUGAAAACAAUGCUAGAAGAUCAGCAUCCCAUAUACAUACAGACGAGACCUCGAAUUUCAGGACCCUUGGAUCAUUCUUUGGGACAGCCUUUGCUAGUUGCAGUAAAUUGUUUUAUAUGUGGAGAGUAUUCUCCUUCCGGGCAUACAUUUAGGGUACAAGCUGCUCCGGAUAGAUCUUCCUCGUCUUCUACCGACGAUCAUCGAAUAAGUCCAUUUUUUCCAUUUCUCACAAAACACACUCCCUCUCCGGGAGCCGAAUGUCUGGCAGAAGACGGAAGCACUCUGGUCUGCACUUUUUGUUUUCAUUCUCUAAUUGCUCAAUGGUUGGCUUAUGAAACAUCCGCUCAGCCCGAAGAUGACAACUGCUGGCAAAGAAAAUAUAAUUGCCAUCAUUAUGUAUGUUAUAUAUGCGGCAUCAUGACGUACCGAAAAAGGAUUCGGUCAAUUACGAUUUUAGAUUUUCCUUUCCUCGUCGAGCAUCCUCGUCCUCCAGGUGCACUCACUUUGGACAACGGAGAGAGUGUAGUCACGUGUCUGACCUGUUUUGAAUCGCUCACUUCGCAAUGGAAAGAUUUCGAGAGGAUGAAAGUUCCCGUUGAAAUGAGAAAAUACAAUUGGAUUGUGCUACCACCUCCUCCCGAAACGGUCACCGACAUGAAUACAUCGGUAUCCAGGAAUAAUAGUUGUAUCGAGUUAGAGCUUUCCCACGCUCCGUCGAUUAAUCAUUGUCAAGAGAAGACCGACAAUCCCGAUAUUAAAGGGUUACCCCAUGGCUCUAAGCCACCACCUUUAACAGUUCAUCAUCCCUAUGGAAAUUCUCAAAAGAUUCCUGGAAGAACUAUGGCUGCAGUUUCGCCCCUUCAAGUACCAUCACAUGCAAAUAAUGUGUUCUCCACUUUCAGCGGAGGUAGCAAUCCGACUCUAGCAGCCACAAGGACAUCUAGUUUUGCAGCCGCCCUGUGCAAACUGGCAAAACAAGCUGUCGAUCCAGCCAUUGAGAAAGAACUUUCACCAAUCACUCCAACUUCUUCUCCCACUCAAAGUCAACAAUCAGUUUCAACAAAACGUCCAGUUGCAUCAAGUUAUUUCAGUACUUCUCAGGGAACCAUAUCUUUGGGUUCUCCUCCUAUAGUUACAAUGGCACCAAGUCAAGAGCACAUUAGUCAUGUUGUAGAUAGUAGAAAGGCUAUCGAAUUAACAAACCUCUCGCAAGGAAACAGCAAUGCUGGUACUAAUGAUCGUUUAGUUGAGCCACUCAGUCUAAAGUUAGAAGCAACAAAACCUGCUCCAUUGGGACUUCAUUUUGAAAAACGUAAUGACCACAUUCUUACUGGAAAGGAUUUUUCAGUACCAUCUUCUUUGCCUGGCCAACUCAGACCACCACCACCUCUGACAUCGUCCCAUUCGGAUGAUUCUCAUUCUUCCUCAAGAGGAUUUCAGCCAUAUCGGAGCAUUGAUGAUACUCAUCAUCCUCUUCAUUCUCAUGUUUCACCAUAUGAUCAUACAAUUGCUGCUUAUCCAUACUCUUCGGCAUUCCUACCACCACGUCAUCUGUCUCAUCCAACAUACAGGUUAGAGGAUUCGCUUUAUUUGGAGCGCUACAAUUUGCCACGAGCACCUAUGAUGCAUCUCCAUACCCCACCUGGAAUGUUGCCUCAUCCCAGUGUGCCUUUUUAUCCCAACAGCCGUUUUCCCUCUGAUCUAUUGUCGCAUCACAUGGGAUUAGUCUCUCCCAGUAGCAUGUCUUUUAAUCAUGAAAGACAAAAACAGGAGGAGGAACAUUCAAGAGAGGUAAUACAAGAACAAGAAGUUGAAAGGAAUAGAGAAGAAGAACAUGAACGAAGAGAAUAUGACAACAGAUGGGAAAGGGAACAUCACGAGAUGGAGGUUGAUGUAGUAUCGGGUGGUAAUGAUUCAGGACGGACAGCAUGUAGUCCACUACCCAUGGCUCUUUCAAGAAAUUCAGAAUCACCAAUGGGCAGGUUAGGUUCAAUCACUCAGGGUACUCCAAGAGAUUUUGUCAUCCGGAAAUCUGUAACAACAGUGACAUCAGUUGUGGCUCCUUUAAAUUUAGCAGUUCAUCCACCAUCAGGACAGAGAUCCAAUACCACACGUGUUGAAAAAGAUAUGUGGCCUUCCCGUCAAGUAGAUACUGUGGCAGACAGAGUACAUCUACCUCAGGAACAGGAAGGUAUUGGAUAUAGACAUCCACUUCUUCUACAACAGAUCCAACACCAUCCAUCAACUGGAAGAGAGAGACUCCUCAUGGAAAGCAGCAGAGAAGCAGAUAAUUUAAUCAAACAUUCCAUGCAUUCUUCAGGAAGAAACAACUAUGAUACAAAAUUACAUAAGACGAGCAUAUCGGAUAAUAAUCUCCAUUCUGGAAAUACUUUAGGGGUGCCAAAUACAGAAUUGAAUGGACUACCUAGGAGUGAACAUGUGCAUAAUUCUGCCUUUGUUCAAUUGACAGAUAGCAGAGAAUCUCAAAAAAGUAUCUAUUCCAAUCAUGAUCAUAGGACAAUCACUGAUAUUAGAGGAAACGAAAAUGGUCCGAACAAGAGUAAUCCAGUUCCAAUGUCUGAUUUGUGGGCUGCUCCCUCGCAUCUUAGGCAUGAAGGAAUUCAUGCUAGAUUGCUUGAAACAGAAAGGACUCGUUCUGAUAAUCAGAGUCAUGGGCUCUCAAGGGAGAGACUACAUCGUAAUCAUCAUAUUGAUGAUGGACUCUCUAGUAGACCCAUGUACCAUUAUCAGACUGGAAAUAGACAAUCUCUAGCAAGGAACCUACCAGAAACUGUAAUUUUACCUCCUAUUGGCAAAAAUCCAUUGGAUUCAGCAAUCACAACAUUAGAUCAGCCAAGAGUCAUUAGCAAAUUAGACUUGGAAGAAGAAAAAAUUCGUAAAGCUAGACUCAAUGGUACAUACAAUAGUGAUGAAAGUGAAUCUGAUUCAGAGGAAGAAAACGAUCUUAACAGAUUAAAUUCUAUGUUAAUAAUUACAAAAGGGCCACCUUUAAAACUGGAUACAAGUGCCGAAAAAAUGAAGUUCUUAAAUAUGUUUGGAUUAAUAACAAACAGAAGAAAAAAAGCUGUUAAUAACACUAUUAACAACCUCCUGCAUGUCGCUUGUAAGUGUUGGGGCUUGGGCUAUGAAGCAAUUAACUCCAUCUAUGACUGUGUGUUCAUCCCAGUUAUCUGUUAUAGCUCAGCUGUUAGGGGUGAAGCUACAAGCCAUUCCCAUAACCACAGACAGCUGAGGACCGCUCAACGCCAUGCACUGAUUCAUCUGUCCUGUAACUGCAAGUCAGUCUUGAAUGCAGCUCUGCCAGUUAUUGCUGGGAAACCUCCAAUUCUACAGCAAAUCUACUACACUAUGGGUAGGGGGGUAGGUUCUAUGUUUCAAGAGGAAGAAGUGCUACUCUUCUGGGUGUCUCAUUUGAUGCCUCGCACAUCGAGCUUGACUAUCGCUUUAGUGAUCUCCCCCAUUCUGCAUUUAGAAGCAGUCUUGACCUGGUCAACGGGCCCUCUGACAUAG